AACGGUGCUGCUUGCUGAUUCCGGCUGGGCUCUGCAGCGCUGCUCUUUACUUGGGUGAAAGGAGCCUCUGUCGUGGUUGUGGGGGACCUGGCUUAGCUGGGCGCUUGUGAUCAUGUGGAGGGUGCUGGCUCGCGCCAGCGGGCCCCUCCUGCGGGUGCCCUUGUCAGACUCUUGGACAGCCCUUCCCGCCAGCGCUGGCCUGAAGACGCUGCUUCCGGUGCCAACUUAUGAAGAUGUUUCCAUUCCUGAAAAACCCAAGCUUAAAUUUGUUGAAAGGGUACCACUUGUGCCAAAAAUAAGAAGAGAACCUAAAAACUUGAAUGACAUACGGGGACCUUCCAUUGAAGCUACUGGGUUCACAGAAGGCAAUUUCGCCAUCUUGGCACUGGGAGGUGGUUACCUCCAUUGGGGCCAUUUUGAAAUGAUGCGCCUGACAAUCAACCGCUCUAUGGACCCCAAGAACAUGUUUGCUAUAUGGCGACUACCAGCACCUUUCAAGCCUAUCACCCGCAAAGGUGUCGGGCAGCGCAUGGGGGGAGGCAAAGGUGCCAUUGACCACUAUGUGACACCCGUGAAGGCUGGCCGCCUUAUAGUAGAGUUGGGUGGGCGCUGUGAAUUCAAAGAGGUACAAGGUUUCCUGGACCAAGUGGCCCACAAGUUGCCCUUCCCAGCGAAGGCUGUGAGCCGGAAGACUCUAGAGAAGAUGCGACAAGAUCAAGAGGAAAGAGAACGUAACAACCAAAACCCCUGGACCUUUGAGCGCCUAGCCACUGCCAACAUGCAGGGAAUACGGAAAGUACUGAGUCCAUAUGACUUAACCCACAAGGGGAGAUACUGGGGCAAGUUCUACAUGCCGGAACGUGUAUAGCAAGAGCCCAAGGAGUACAUGUAUGUAGACUAUUGAAACAAGGAUUCUGCAUUUUUAUUCUUCUCUGCCUACCCUUAAAGUCUUUGGGUGGCUCUUUGGUCAGAACUACAGAGCAACAAAUGAGAUGGUGAUUUCUGAAAAAUGGUGUUAUCUGUUGAUUUUUUAAAUGAAAGUUUGAGCAUCACCUCAGGGUAUAACUUCUCACUGGUCACUUUCAGUCCUUUACUCUUUGGGAUGAUUGGCAAGAACUCUUGGUUUUCCUGGAUUGAAAAAUAAAUGUCUUCAGAGCUAAAACAAAAUUGUUUGCAUCUC